AUGAAUAAAAUCCUUGAUCGAUAUGCACAACAAAAGGCUACACCAGUGACUCUUCGACAAUUACUCUUUUAUGAACGCCAUCGUACAACAGAAAGACUACUCAAGUCUGCCAACUAUGUUCGACAUGAAUUACCUAUUCGUAUAGCUCAUCGACUUCGAGAAUUCCAGAACCUACCUUUUAUAGUUGGUGUGAAUCCUCAUAUGCAACAAGUAUAUCGUCUUUAUUGGGAAGCCUUUGAUAGAUUGAGAUCUGUACCGCCUAUCAAGACACAACAAGAUAAUGAACGAUUCUGUGAACUUUUGUAUACUUCACUUCAAGCUCAUCUUGUUGUGAUUCCUCAAUUAGCUCUUGGUAUACAAGAAUGUGAACAACAUAUGAAUAGGGAAAAAAGGGACAAAUUUAUGAACUCGACGUUACGAUCCAGAAUUUCUCGACGUGUAUUGGCAGAACAGCAUUUGAUUUUAUCGAAUUGUGUGAUGAUUUUCCAGCACUGUUCAGCACAUCGUACCUUAGGGGCAUGUAUUGAAAAAGCACAUACUCUUUAUCCACAAAUUCCAGUGAUUGUAGAGGAUGGACCUGAUAUUGACUUUGCUUAUGUGGGGGAUCAUAUCGAGUACAUCUUAUACCAACUUCUUUUGAACGCCAUGCAGCACGCCAACAAUAUCAACCAUACCAAUAAUGUAUCAUCAUCAUCAUCCGUACCAAUUCGAGUGACUAUGUGUACAAAUGCAACAGAUGUAUUUUUCCGUAUUUCGGAUCAAGCAGGAGGCAUAUCACCGGAAGUGUAUCGGUCUAUUUAUUCGUUUGGACAUCAUGCGACAGGGAACUUUCAGCAUUUCAAGACAUGGAAAGCAACUGUAUCGGACGAUCAGCAGCAAAAACAGCAACAAAAGGAACAAGAACAAUCUGUCAACAUGCCUUUGGGAAUGGGUUUACCGAUGAGUAAGGUCUAUGCUGAAUAUUGGGGUGGCGAUCUCAACAUACAAACAUUACAUGGAUGGGGCACUGAUGCGUAUGUCCGGAUUCCCAAACUUGGUGACCAACUGGAACAUUUGGAUGUGGAAGAUCAUGCUAGUGAUUUACAUGUGGAAUUAGAUAGUGGAUCUGAUGUUACUCAUAGAAGGCGUUUUGUUAUCUAGUCAUAUUUUCCUUUGAUCAUCUACCAUUAUUUUAUUAUAUUUCCUUAGUUUUAUGAUACCCCCUUAUUUUUUUUUUAUUCUAUUCUCCCAAUCAAGAAAUAAAAUCUUAUUAUUUUAUUGUGUUA